CCCGCCCAGCUGACCCGGCCGCUCUCCCCUCGCUCGCUGCUGCCCCGGCGUGCAGGGCCCGGCCGCCGCCAUGUCGGGCCCGGUGGAGCUCUCGGUGCAGGAUCUCAACGACCUGCUCUCGGACGGCAGCGGCUGUUACAGCCUCCCAAGCCAGCCCUGCAACGAGGUCACCCCCAGGAUCUACGUGGGCAACGCGUCUGUGGCUCAGGACAUCCCCAAGCUGCAGAAACUGGGCAUCACCCAUGUCCUGAAUGCGGCUGAGGGCAGGUCUUUCAUGCACGUCAACACCAAUGCCAACUUCUACAAGGACUCAGGCAUCACCUACCUGGGCAUCAAGGCCAACGACACGCAGGAGUUCAACCUCAGCGCCUUCUUUGAAAAGGCGGCGGACUUCAUCGACCAGGCCCUGGCUCAGAAGAAUGGCCGAGUGCUCGUCCACUGCCGAGAAGGGUACAGCCGCUCCCCAACCCUUGUCAUCGCGUACCUCAUGCUGCGUCAGAGGAUGGACGUCAGGUCUGCCCUGAGCAUCGUGAGGCAGAACCGUGAGAUCGGCCCCAACGACGGCUUCCUGGCCCAGCUCUGCCAGCUCAAUGACAGACUCAUCAAGGAGGGGAAACUGAAACGCUAGGGCGCCCCCACUGCCUCUUCUCUAGAGGUGCCCCAAGCUGCCACGUUUAGGAAACACAGUGUCCCCUGCUCCCAGCAUCACCAGACACUAGCCCACACGUCUGUCCCAACACAGCCCUGGGCCGCUUUCCCCCUGGGGAGCGGAUAAAGAAGCUGGCGAAGGAGGGCCUUCUUGCUCCCUGUGUGUCCUGUGCCUACGGUUGGUGGCGUCCUCACCUUGAGGUGGGGGUGCAGAGGGAGGAGGCCUGGGCAAGAGGUCUGUGCAAGCGUGAGGCCCGGGACGCUCACAGGGGCCCCUCCUGACCUCCCCUGUCCCCCACUCCCCGCCCCCCCCCCACCCCUACCCCUUUAAGGGAACUAUGCAAACUCUGGCCCUCUCUUCCUGCCGUGUCUGUCUCCCCCCGCCUCCACAGCCGUCCACACCCUGCUCAGCCAUAGGCAAAGGCGCAUCGUGAGACCUGCAGCUGGCUUGGGGUCAGUUGCCAGUGGGUGGAAAUUCCCACGAAGGGACUGCAUCUUAAUGAUUGCCUGGGGGUUAAAGAGGCCCUGGAGCGGGCAAAGACGUCCCCCCCGGAGGACACUCCCAGAUCAGUUAGUUUGAAAAACGUGAAUCCUCGGAAGGAAGGCUUGGGUUCAGAAUCCGCCUCUUUGGGAUCCGUGGCUCCCAGGCACUUGGUCUGGCAGAAGAGCGAUGCCUCAGGCAGGGUUUUCUUUUUCUUGUUUUAGAAAACAGGGUGUUGAAGUCCAACCUAUUUAAAAACCCCACCAUUUGGAGAAUUUUAAGGGUUUUGUCCUGAAUUAUAGUGUUGGCGAGCCCAAGCUGCUUGUGCUCACUUGCUUUUUGUCUCAGUUGCUAUUCCAAGAACAGGAGGAGGAAGUUGGUCAAUUAUAGCCCGUGUGUGUGUGUGUAUGUGUGUGUGUGUGUGUGUGUGUGUCCGUCCCAGCUCGCGACCAGAAGCUGGAUGAGCAGGGAGAUGAAGGGGCCCGAGCUCACACCCUGCCACAGGUAAUUCGUGCAGCUCUCUGGUGCCAGAAAUGGUCCUGGAGCCUUGGCAGCAAAAAUGACUCGGCCAAGCAGGAAGGAACAUGGCAGAACAUCCAGAUGGAGGCUUGAUUGGUGGUUAGAGCAAACAAAAAGAAACAGCCUUUUAGGAACUUUUUUAAGGAUGAUGUUGGAAUGCACUCGCACUCACACUCACACGUGUGCACAUAUAUGUUGGAACGUAAGAGUUCUGUUUUUGAAGUCUUGUUAGGACGUGGCAUCGUUGUCCUUGGCGCAGGUGACGCAGUGCUGUCAUCUUCAGGUUCCCUAAUGGCAGUGUGUCUAGCACACAGGUGUCUGGUAAAAGUCUGUGGAAUUAAAAUUUUUUUUGGCCACACCCAUGGCAUGUGGAGGUUUUGGGGCCAGGGAUCGAACCUGCGGCCCAGCAGUGACUUGAGCCACAGCAGCGGGCAAUGCCGGAUCCUUAACUGCUAGGCCACCAGGGAACUCCUAAAACUUUUUUUUUUUGAGCACCAAAUAUAUGCAGGGCAUUGUUCUAGGGGGUGUGUCAAGCUCCCAGAAGCCUGAAUUGAUGGUAGGAUCCCUUGGACUUGCAAAAGGCGUCUUACCUGAAAGGAGAUAUCAGGGACUUUUGUUGAAUAUUUAAAAUUCAGUUUUAAAUUUCAGUUCAGGAAGCAUUAGCGAGGUAGGGAAUGUGCCUUUUCCAGAGUUGGCCCAGAGCUUCCAGCUAGGAUAGGGAGCAGCAGCUGUGUCUCGGGGUUUCCUCGAAGGUAUAACGGUCUCAUUUUGGCAGAAGCAGAAGCGGCACCUCGCAGCCUGGAUGUCGCCUUUGCUCUGUGACUGCAGCAGCCCUAAAGGGACCUGGAUUUGUCUGUCUUUUUCAGAUACCGGGCUGCCCAGACAGACUCAUCCUCUCAACCUUGUCCCUCACAGCUCUCAAAGAACUCUCCCAUUUAAUCCGACAUGAUCCUCAGAAUAACCCCAUGCACUUGGCAGGGCUUAUUCAUGCCCGGGGUUCAGAGCGAUGAGGGGUGUGGUGGCUCAGAGCCACCCGGCUCUGAGGCAGAGCUGAGGCAAGCUUUCAGGUUUGCUGUUCUCUGAAGCCGAAUUUUCUCUCUCGUACCACACCCCUCCUCGAAAAAUGAGCCCCUGGGAGUGUCCAGGUGCACUGGACGUGCCCUUGACCCAGCCCGUUUGCCCAAGGGCUAGUUAGCUUUGGGGACUAAGGCCAACAGUUCAAGCGGUGGUGUCGUGGCGGGGGCUGGUGGGGGUGGGGAAUGGAGUCUGGUCCAGGAAAAGGAUCCCCGGUUGGGUUAGAAUGUGUGGCUCUUCUUCUAGGAGACGUGAAGCACCCCUAAGUCAGAGCUUUCUGCUCCACUGUGGAAGAGGCAUCAGAGCUGGGGCUGCCCCCCAACACCCCCAGGCCCAGGUGGUGGUCACCGCACAGAACAGCCACAGGUACCUGGGCUAACUGACCAAGACGUCCUGCAGGCCUCUUUAGGGGGGGCAUGUCGGAGAAAAAGCCAUGGGGAGAAUUACUGCCUUCACUUUGGGGCUACUUUUAUGCUGAUAACGUGAUAGUCUUAGUCCCAGAAACCCCAUAUUUACUUCACGAGAUGUAGCUCCUAGUUCUUUGAGUAACACAAAAUCCAAUUCUAUUGUGUAAGAGCCAACACAUGCCCAGCGGAGUGGAGAGCUGUUCUGGAAGCUCUCUAUCCCUGGGAAGUGAUGGAGUAGGAACUCAGGGUGCCUCUACCCCCUCCUCUGACUGGACCCCUUCCUGUGACGAGCAGACCCCAGUCUAGACCAGCUUAGCGCACCAAAUGGUUUUCUUCUCAGUUCUAAAGCCGUCCACCGUCCACAGGCUGCUUUGUUUCCCUGCCACUCUGAGUUAGCUGGCGAGCAGAAAUCACCAUCUGUCAAACAAGGGGGCUCAACCUGAAGACCUCUAAGGCCCCUUUUGGCUCUGAUACCACAGGGUCCUCUAUGAAUCCCCAUUGACCUUGACCCCCACCUGGCAAUUAUAGGGCGUGUAACCAUAUGUUGACCAGCAGGUGGCGCUGUGUCCCACCCUUGGUGAUGGAUGCUUGGCGAAAGGAAUGUUGGUGCCUUUUGUAUCACAAGUUAAAACGCUAAUGUUUUAAUCGACUUAAGCACUGAUCUUAAAAUAUGAAGCUGUUAGCUUUUCUCAUAGGAAAAUUUUCUGUCAUAAAACCGGCAUCAAGAAUCACUGAAGAGCCAACGAUGAUGGUCCUUCCAAGUCAAGAUUUUAUCCUGAUUGGAAAGAGAGGCCAUCUCCGGUUGAGAGGGCAGAUUGGUUGGAAGCUUAAUUUACCUCCUGUCAGCUUUUAGGGUAAUUCGAUUGUGAAAGUGUGAAUUUUCUGGACAGAAAAAGGGAAGGUAUUAAAUUGAUUUUAAAAACAAAAGUAAGUUUACUGUCUGUUAUAUCACAAGUCAGUGUUAAAACACUAAAACUGUAACCAAAAUAAAUGUCUUACAUUACAGAGAAA